AUGUACUCUCCAGACCAAUGGGAAAUUAUAUCUGAAGUUUCUAGUGUUGCUUGCAUUACGGCGGUUUCAUUAGUAUUUGGGCGCAAAGUGGCCAGUAUAGACGGUCCAAUCCUAUAUAUCCGAACGUUACUUCUGACGAUAUAUGGAAUUACCUGGGCAUUUGAUCUGAUUGCUUGUAUGCUAAUGAGCACAAAUAAUGGAAACUCUAUAUCGUGUGUACUUGGACUCUUCAACUGCGUGUUUCUAUACACUGCUGCCAAGAUUGUGCUAUAUCUUUAUUUUAUCGAAAAGAUUUAUACAAUGUCUAUCCCAAAAACAUCCAGGCUUCGUUCUCCUCUUUAUGUGAUCAGCAUUGGGCUAUUGGUACCUUUUGUGGCCUUGAUGGUCCUGCAAAUAAUAUACCGUGUUACACUAGUAGGGGAGGAGUUUCCGUUCCAUUGCUCCAUCGGCAUUCAAUUACCAGGUUCAAUUCCGACGAUGUGCUAUCACAUCUUGGUUAUCUCAUCAUUUUUGGGAGUAUUCAUCAAGUUUGCGUUCUUUCCGAGUACAGCCCAGCAGACAACGCACCAAGCCUCAUCUUUGCAUGCAUUAGCCAAACAUAAUUGUAUUGCCGCUUUUGUAACUCUAGUACUCACAACCGCCAAUGGUCUCUUAAUGGCUAUUACAGAAGGAAAGAUGCGCGGUAUUGUUUGGCUAAGUAUCUCAACUCUGGAUAUAUCCAUUGUUGCUUGUGUCACUCACUGGGUUGCAAGUCACCCAGCUGAAUUACAGUUCUACGAAAAAUCGCUUCAACAAAACCAUGGCGACAAGGCUAUAAGACUGGAGAUCAAGCAACAUCAAGAAGUAGUGAUCCUGACCGAAUUUAACACUGUUGCUUAGUGUUAAUAUGCUGGCAAUUGUACAAUAGUUUUUGAAAAAAAGCUUAUUUCCCUUUUAACUUAUUACUACUACUAUUAUUAUUUUUACAAUUGCGAUUACCAUUACCAUUAACAUUACCGUUACCAUUAUCAUUAUCAUUAUCAUUAUCAUUAUCAUUAUCAUUAUCAUUAUCAUUAUCAUUAUCAUUAUUAUUACUACUACUAUUAUUAUUAUUAUUAUUUUCAUAAUUAUCUCCCUUUUCAGGGGGGAAUCAUACAGGAGACGGGAUGAUCGUCUUACAGUUUUACUGGACUUUUCUUAAAUACAUACAAAUGUACAUAAAUACAUGCAUACACAUAUAAAUAUAUACUCCUUUACUA